CUGCUUUUUCCAAAUAUAUUAAUUUUCCAGGUAUUUUCGUUAAUAAAUUCAUGGUUGCUGCAACGCAGUUUGCCGCCAUUUGUUGAGGAAGAUGGAAUUGCGGUCGAUUCGUUAUCACUUCUACUCAUUCAUUUUCUUACUUCAUUUUUCCACAGUCCAUACUUAUCGUCAGCCGGCGAACGCUUAUCAUCAGCUAUUUCGUUGACACAAAGCUUACUGCAAACUACACGUGAUCUCGCAAAUCCUUCAGCACCGUUGCAAAAACCACUGUCAAGCAGGGUAUGGUGCGAACUAAUCAGAAGUCUUGCGGACGGUGUACGAACCGUUUCUUCCAGGUCUGAUGCGUACGGACGUGCAACUUCUGGUACUUUGGCGCAGAAUCUUCUCGGUGCUAUUGUUUUUGUUCGAGCAAUAAGCGGUAUCGAAAUUGAGGAGCGAAUCUGGGACGAUGUGUUGGCGGUGUUCCAGUCUGGUUGCUGGAUGCAAAUGGUGGAGCAGUGGAGUCGUGUUGUUGACAGUGUUACCCGUGCCCUCAUUCUCAAUCUUUUUGCGGUCGAUAUUGCUCCACCUACUGAGCCAGUUGUGCACCAAACAAUAAAGCGGGUGAAAAGCAAUGAAACGGCUAGCAGCACGCAUGAUGAUGGCAGCGGCGAAUUCUCCGAAGGAACUCAUUCCGAAAAUGACAGCUCAGUUGAAGAUGAAAAUGCUCAGAUUAGUUCCGUGGUGCAGGCAAGUUGCACUAUUCAUGAGACUGUUUUUAAACAACAACCGUGCAGUUCGUGCGCGUAA